UGUCACAGGGACCCCGGAAUCACAACAGGCGGACGGGAAGCAGGGUAGCGCUGUGUAGGGUUUACAUGUUAACCAUGCUGGGUGGUCAGGGGAUUCAGCCUGUCAGUGUGGCCUUUAACAACGCGAAAAACUGUUUCCUCCACCUUCCUCCAGCGUUAGUUUCACAGCUAUCUCUCCAAGAGGGUCAGGCUGUGGAGCUGUCCGGGGGUCUUUGUACGCCCGUGUAUCUCAGCUGGACAAGAUGUCAACACAGGCUGAACAAGGAAGAGAUCACGGUGGAGGUGAACAGGCAACUUGGAGAGAAGCUUGGGAUCAAAGAUGGGCAGCAGGGAUUUUUGAGGCCGUGUUACCAGGUUCUCUCUGUUCAACAAGUGUUUGUGGAACCUCUUUCUUCAGAUGAUUGGGAGAUACUGGAACUUCACAGUUCAGCACUUGAGCAGAAGCUUCUGGACCAGAUCCGGGUGGUGUUCCCUACGGGUGUGUUCCCUGUGUGGGUGGAGCAGCGUACGAUCAUCUAUAUCAGAAUAGGUUCUCUGCGACCAUCUGUUCCCUUUGGCCGCCUCGAGCAGUUCACGGAGCUCAUUGUCUCACCAAAGUUACGUGGCGAUAUCUCCGUAAGGCCAGGGACGAAUCGCUUCCCAAAUACGGACCAGAAUCAGUUCUUGAAAAAGCAAACGAACUUUGACAUUUCAGCAACCAUGUCUUCUCUGGCUGGGGAUACACAGAAGACCGGUAAAGAUUCCCUGCAGGGCUUCCAUGAACAUGCGGAUGGUGAUUCACAAGGUGGAAUCACGGACUUCAAAAGCCUCAUCAGGUACAUGUUCACCGGGAGCUUCAGCCCCAAGAUGGAGGUGCCCUCGGUCCCAUCAGCAUCUCCUGUCCUGAGGGACUCAGUUCUCAGAGUGUGUGGGAAGCUGCCCCCCUGGGCCGGCUCCGGGGGAGAGAUCCAUAUUUUUCCCUGGGGUCACGUCGUGGAGGAGCAGGACAGAGGAAUGUCUGCUGUGACUUAUGGCCAUCUCAGGAAGCUGCACUCUGCCAGGGAGCUCAAGGAAGAGGCCCAACGGCCCCCUGAGAAACAAAGCGGCACCAAGCAGAGAGCUUCUCCUACUGGAAAGGACCAAUGGGGACCCCUAGUGGUGCGGAUGGUUUGCCACUGUGUGGACCAGCUGUUGCAGGGAUGGAGUAGUGGAAAGGGAAGAGCCCUCUACAGUGGGCGAGUCUGGAUCCCAGAGCCCUUGAGAAGAAGUCUGAAUAUCGAAUUACAUUCAGCUGUGAGAAUUCAGCCAUUAAAAUCAACUCCUAGAAUAGGGUGUGCUGUCAGAUUACAGCCAUUACAGCCACUGCCGCAGCACAUGAGUGAGGCGAGUGUGCAGUGCGCUUUCCUGAGUUGGCUUGGCACUCAGAGCAACAAAGAGCUGGCCUUUCUCACCGGACGCUCCAGCUCCAUCCAAAUGUCUGUCACCGAAGAAGAUUUUGAGUUUUCCUUGACGGUGCUGAAGCCAGAGCUUGAAGCAAAGAAAUCUGAGGAGGUUUUUCUGUUGACCCCGAGUUUAUUACAGAAAGCGGACAUCCAGAUUGUGAGGGACGUGCUGCCCGUGAACGCUGAGAAGACUGCUGAUAAUGACCAGCGCCUCACCUUCCCUUCUCUCGAGAGCUUGGGAGGGGUGCAGGACAUCGGCGGGGCAGCCUUUGAGCACAUGGCCCACAGCUUGAUAGCAGGGCCUCUUUCCGAAGAGCUGGUGUUCGCCGGCCCGGGGCUUAGAAGCGGAGCCCUCCUCAUCGCGGGUCCCAAGGGAAGUGGGAAAACAGCUCUGUCCAAGGCCCUGUGUAAGAAGGCCGCGGAACUCCUGGACGCCCACGUAGAAGUGAUAGAGUGUAAAACGUUAAGAGGGAAGCGAGUGGAGACGGUUCGGCGCAGGCUGGAAGAAGCUUUCGCACAGGCAGUGUGGAGGCAGCCCUCAGUGGUCCUGCUGGAUGACCUGGAUCACAUGAUGGGGGCAGCUGGCUCCCAAGAGCAUGAGCGUGGCCCGGAGACCAUUCGCAGUCUGCAGCUGGCCCAGAGUCUGAGCGACUUGGUGGACGACGCCGUCCUGCAUGGGGGUCUGGUUUGCCUGAUGGCCACCAGCCAGAGCGAGCACAGCCUGCACCCGUCUCUGCGUCAGAUCCAGGGGUCCCGACUCUUCCAGAGUGUCACCCACAUCCCCAGCCCAGACCAGGCACAGAGGGCGGCGAUCUUGAGUGCGGUGAUCCGUGGAAAGACCACCAUCACUGGCGGCAGUCUGGACACACUGGACCUGGAGGCUGUAGCCAGGGAGACGGAAGGAUGCUGGCCGCAAGACCUAAAAGUGCUGGUGGAGAGGGCCAUCCACGCCAACGCGCUCCAUGGCCGUGUGGGCACUGCCUCGGAAGGGUGUCUGUCCACGGCUGACUUCCUGCAGGCCCUGAGAGGCUUUCGCCCCCCCUCGCUGUGGCACGCCCGGCUCGACACCCCCGCCGGGGCUGGUUUGGAGCAGGUGGGGGGGCUGCGCGAGGCCAGGCAGCUUCUGAUGGACACCAUCCUCCUCCCAGCCAAGUACCCGGUGCUGUUCGCCAGCCUGCCCAUCCGGCAGCGGUCAGGCGUGCUUCUUUACGGAGCCCCCGGCACAGGAAAGACCCUGCUGGCUGGAGCUGUGGCCCGGGAGAGUGGCAUGAACUUCAUCAGUAUCAAGGGCCCCGAGCUUCUCAGCAAGUACAUUGGAGCCAGCGAACAGGCCGUGAGGGACGUCUUCCAAAGGGCUCAGGCAGCCAGGCCCUGUGUCCUGUUCUUUGACGAGUUCGACUCCUUGGCACCCCGGCGGGGUCACGACAGCACCGGAGUGACGGACCGUGUGGUGAACCAGCUAUUGACCCAGCUGGACGGUGUGGAGGGGCUGCAGGGGGUGUAUGUGCUGGCUGCCACCAGUCGCCCCGACCUGAUCGACCCCGCCCUCCUGAGACCAGGUCGCCUAGACAAGUCCCUGUACUGCCCCCCUCCGGACCAGGAGGCCCGUCUGGAGAUUCUAAAGGCUCUAACCUGCUCGGUCCCGCUGGCAGAAGACGUGGACCUGGAGCAGCUGGCCGGCUCCACGGGCUGCUUCACUGGAGCGGACCUGAAGGCCCUGCUGUACAACGCCCAGCUGGAGGCACUGCACAGCAGUCUGGGGACCUGCAUCCUCCAUGAUCUGGGCUCAGGCUCGGACAGCGAUGUCAGCUUGUCCUCCAUGAUCUUCCUGAACCAUAGCAGCGGGUCGGACGACUCAGCCGGGGAGGGGGAGGGUGGAAUGGACCAGUCCAUUGUGCUGCUGGAGGGGGGGGAGCUGGCCCCCGAGGACUCCAGGCACAACAUCUGGCGCCUGUACUUCGGCAGCUCCUACGAAUCUGAGCUGGGGAACCCAUCCCCCUCCGAGCUGAACUCACAGUGCCCGUCGGGCCCCAACUCCACUACCCAUGAGCUGACGGGGGCAUCACUGCGGGAGCCGGGCAGCAUCUCUGCACCUGCCUUUAUGGCUGCCCUGCAGGAGGGCUUCCGGGAGCUGGGCCCCGAGCAGCUGGAGCGGCUUCGCGUCGAGGUCGCCGACAUCAAAGCCAGCCUCCGUGGCCGGACCACGGAUGAGUCCUUGCUGGCCCCCACUGGACCCGGAAAACCAGCCCUCCUCAUCUGCCAGGCCCACAUCACCUCAGCGCUGGCUAGUACCAGACCGUCCAUCGGCAAGCAGGACUGGAAGCGCUACACAGAGCUAUAUGAAGCUUUUGGAAAUGCAGGAGAUGGAAUGUUCCAGGGACUGGCCACGAUCAAGCCGGGUCAGCGAGUCACUUUAGCGUAAGGUGUGUGUGUGUGUGUGCGUUUGACACGUGAGUGUUUGACAGCAAUGGUUAUAAAUGUGAAUGCUUGCAAAUUCUUGAAAAUCCUCAAUUUCUAAUAGAAUAUAAAUAUUAAUUUCCCAGUGUGUAAAUUAGUCUAGAUAAUUUAUAUGUAAAUACUAGUCUAUGUAUAAUAAGCACAUAGGCUCUAAAUUGUAUACAGUAGCUAUAAAUGAUUAAGAAUUUUCUAAAGAAUAAAGACAAAUAAAUCUCCCUGAAA